AUGAAGUUGAAGCUGAUGAAGAUCGUUAUUUUUAUUUAGAUCAAGCUGAGAAGGUUUAUGUGAGCCUCAGUCCACAGAGUAUUCUUGAAGCGAUCUUCUAUGCUUGUCGUGCCCUGAAAUCAUGUUUCCUAUGGAACACCUUCGAUGGAAUUUACUUUUACUCUGCAGCGACAGAAUUUUUUUUGUUGUGUCUAUGAUUGAAAAGUUUUUGUUAGGUAGAUCUGCUUCGGAACAAAGCAGAGCAAAAGCAAAUUUGAAUUUGUAGUUAUUGUAGUUUGACUUUUCUGGCCCUCAUUGUCAUUUUCACCAGUGGUAAUUUUUCAAAAGUUAUUUCGCCAUGCCCUGGUAUUUUGGGUGUCGUGAAAAGUCGAUUUUUUCGAAUCGGCACUAGCUGGAGGAGGGAAUCGAUGGUUGUUACGGAUAGUCCUCUCGGCGGAAAACAAACUAAAGCGGUAGGAGUUUAGAUGCCAUCGAAUAAUAUCGAUAGUUCCUUCUAUUAUACCUGCGACGCGGAAGCGGGCUAAACCCAAGAGUGUUACCAGAAGUCCAGGCGCGCGCCGCUAAGAAAAUAAAAACUUCUGCAAUGAGCCAGAUGUCGAAGUCAGAACUACAACAGCGGGAGAAGCAACCGGUGGAGAAAACCCAACUCCAGCUGCGAGGGUUGGAACAAGUCACCGCUAUUUUGUUGCUUUAGAUAGUCCGGCCAUCUUCAUAGCCGGUAUCUGAGCCAGGGGGAAGUAUCUCGAUCCCAGGGGUUUUUACCUCACAAGGCAGCGACUACACGACACGCACAGUGGUUGUUCAGUUCUGGCGAGUCUCUUCAGAUACAACAGCAGGGUACUGUUUACCACUGACUGCAAUAUCACAGCGACGUCAACACAAUCAACAAGCAGAGACACACAAACGCUGAAAACCAUGCCGAAGAACCGCGAUAUAGAUAAGCGGGUACCGAAGAACCCGCCCCAACAGAUCAAAAUCAUUGUGGACAACUACAAUGACGCGACCAAUCUCGUUGCCCACCGGCGGAAUUCCGUCGAUUCUAGUCGCGGGGGAGGCGACGUGCAAGCGCCACCGCGUGACAACUACACCACGCGGCGAGCGAGCAACGACCGAGACCAGAGGCGCGGCGGCGCGUCAAGCAGGGAAAGGAAUAUAAUCACGAGUAGCACAACUCGGGUUACUCUAGAACAAGCUGCACCUGCUCAGGACGAGGAACAUCACAACAAUUCGUCUUAUAACAGACGAGGUAAUAAGAGUGACAGCAGAAGCAGGACAAGCAAAAGACGGCGGACGGACAGAGGCGGCACGACUGGAAACGGCCACAAUAACCGCGGGAACAACAGGACAAAUGACAGCGGGUAUAAAAAUAACCACAAUAAUUCCUCGAACCGACGCAGGUCGACGUCCCGACGGAGUAGAUCGCGCUCUGGAGGAGGCUAUGCAUUGCAAAAAUGUCUGGGUCUGGAAGAAUACAAACUUGUGAUGCGCAUUUCAGAACACAGAAAAAUGUCUCAUGCAUAGGUAGCAAAAGCUGCCCACUUUCUGUCACCAAAAUAGUGGAUUUGUCAUGCCGAUUCGGCAUGGCGGAAGCUUCUCGAAACCUGUGACACUAGAGCUUCCAUGCCAGACCUUCUGUGUCAUGCAAAAACAGCAUGACUCUUCCAGACCCAGACACUUUUACAUUUGAUAGAGGCAGGAACAUCAACCACACCAGUACUGGUGCGGUGCUGGAAGCGAAUGACAGAACGAACAGCCGAAGAGGUGCUGGUGGCCGAAACGGAAACAACAGCAGCUACUACAACGAAAGCAACGAGAACCAUCGUAGUAACCGACGCGGGGGCGGCGAUCGAGAUAUUAAAGAGAAGGAUAAUUACAAAGAACAAACUGCUGCCAUAUCUCAUAUCCAGGAGCAGACUAGCAAAUCGAGCCGGGACAACCGAAGCGACCCGACAAGCAGUAGCAACAAAUCCGGGUCGAAGAACAACGAUAAUAGAUCACGACGUAGCAAAAACAGGUCCGAAAACCGGGAUAACAAGAAUAAGUUAGCCAAUGGUAACGUCGCGACCGGCUCGAGCAGUGAGAAUUACUCGCAUCACCCGUCUUCAAAAGCCGUCGGAAACAAAAGAGACCACCUCGUCGAGAGUGCAAAUGGCAACAGCAACAGCGCGGCUGGAGGAGGUGACCAUAAAGACGGAGGCAGAGCGACGAAAACGCCAGGCAAGGCCGAUCAUGGGGGCUCUUCUAACGCGGAUAACGAAAAGGGUGGAAACGCUGCAAGCGGGUCCUCGCAAGUACGAAUUGUGCCGCCCGCAGCAGUCCUGAUACCGAACAGCUCUGCGAAUGGCGGCGCGACUAGCGGGGGAGGUGCGCCCGGGAGCGGAAUCACUCUAAAGCCCAGAAGUAUAGUUUUGUUGUUGAUGAAGAUGACUGUGAUGAACAAUAGCCAUUUAGUGAUAUUACUGACUGAGAGUAUUUUUUUGGAUUUGGGAAGAAGUUUUUCAUGCUUCCUCAUUAAAACAGGUGCUGUUCUGCAAGAGCGGAAGGAGCAAAAUAAACCUGACGGAGUGAUUCUGAAACGCCGCGACGACAUCCAGCCUUCUUCAUCAAGGUACGUUCUUUGAUUUUGUCGAUGUGAGAACUGCAAGACCACAGUGAAGCUGCUUUGCUUUUCCGAUUUGAUUUUGCAUGACGACUUCUUUAAAAAAAUCCUGGUCGUGGAGUUUUUUCUUUAUCUUCAAAACAGCCAUCCGCCCGCCCUUCCCAACGGCGGCCCCCCAAACAGCCGGCUUGAACUCCGAUCCCGGCGUGAGGUGAUCGAAGAGAGACGGCAGGAGGACUACUACGGCGGCGGUCACAGUCACCGACACGACCAUUACAACAGCACAAGCGGCGAUAGCUACCACAACUAUAAUAACAACCCUGACGACGGAUACCAUGGCCGGGGCGGAAGCGGCGACCACCACUACUACAACGGUUACGACAACACCGGCAACGGUCCAGGAGGUAGCAGUUCUCACAACGGCGGCGGUGGUCCGCACAACAACUCCGCAGGAAGUCAUCAUGACAAUUACGGCACCAACAGUGUAUCUGGCGGCAACAUUCACCAUCCUGCGCAUUACAGCGACAGUAACCGCGGGGAGAAUAACUCGCAUCGCGGGGACGGGCAGCUUUCCCGGCACGGCAAUCAGAGCAAUCGCAACGACCGGAGCAGGAACCGACGGAACCGGAGUCGGAGGAACAAGAGCUCCAGGAAAAAUAACGGGAACAAUGGGAGUCGGAACGGUGGGGGUCGAGGAGCAAAUGUUGAUCACGGUGGAGCUGCCGCAACAUCCUCGAACAACAAUGCCACGCUCGGCAACUACAACAUAAACUCCGAGGUGGAUAACUUAUCCAGGUCCUCCAGGUCUCUAUCCCGCUCGAAGUCUUCCUCGUACAACAGCGACAACGAACAGAAUUCGGCGAGCAAAAAAUCCAGCUACAAUUCGGAUGACGAGGAAAACGCGAAUGAAUCGAGCGAUGAAGACGACGAGGAAAACGGUGGGGUUACCGUAAAAAAUAAUCACAAUAAACGGACGCGGGGUGGAAAAAACAAAGAGUCCAGUGGUUCAGAAAAGGAGGUACUUAUACGUACUUUAAUUUCUUUGCGAAAAACCAUAACCAUGCUGCUCUUGCUUGUGACAGACACUUAUUAUUUUGAAGUAGUUCACUUUUCGAGAUCAUGUAUGUGCUGCAUCUACAUUCACAUUCUCCUCUAUGACAUGUGAUGACUUUGACUACCUUUAUUUCUGAUGAGCUUCUGGACAACUUCGUUGGUGUUCACCUAUCAGGAAUCCCCGUCCCGUUCGCGGUCCGACGACUCUGCCUCGGAAUCCGACUCCAGUCCGGUCAGCAAAAAGCGAAAAAAACAGGGCUCCAAGAAGGCUUCGAAGCAAAACACCGGCGCCCAGGCCGCUUCUGUCUCCGCAGCUGGUGGCGGACAGCAGAACCAGCAGAGAGCCCCCGCAGGAGCCUCCUCGGUGGCCGCGGCCGCGCAUCCACUACAUCACCCCACGAUCGUGGCGCAACAACCGCAGCCCAAGCUCGUACAGUUACUCCAACAGCAUGAGAUGAAUUCCUCAGCGGCGUUGUACGCAACAUCAGCAACGAGGACGACCGCGACUACCGUGACGAAUCCUCCCGCGGCGACUAAUGCCCACGCGUAUCACCACACCAGUAACAUGACGCUGUCCACGGUGACACCAAAAUCAAACACGUUCAACAGCAACGUAAAUCACGGAAUGCUGAACAGUGGCGCAUCGGGCGCGUCCGGAAGCAACGCCAAUCAGGACGCCGUGGAAGAGAAAGUAAAAAUGAGGACAGAAUAAAAAUCGAUGAGUUGGCAGCUGAUAAUGCUGGAAAUAUCAAGCACAUAGAAAAUUUGAGUUUUUGGUGCAUUUGGAUUUGAAGAAGACGCUGUUGCAUGAUUGCGAGAAACAUGUGUGGGUCUGGUAUAGUUCCAUGCGGUAGCAUUACUUUUGAUAAUUCUCGUGCGUCAUCUUCUUUGUACAGGAACAAUAUCUACAUCAAGAGCCAUCAAACUUAACACUACAGUACGCGUCCGACCCGCGACAUAUCCUCUUAGUUUCGAACCUUCCGGACGACAAAUUUGACCAGCAGGUCGUAACGGAUCACUUCCAAAAGUUUGGCACGGUCAAAUCUGUCGAACUCAACCCGGAAGAGAAGACGGCGCUGGUAUUAUACUAAUAGUCCUCGUGCGACCACAGUCAUGCGCUCAAUGAUUCUUGCGCUUGCCUUGGCCAUGGUGCUGGAUCUUGAUCUCUGACUCUGUUUGUUACGCAGCAUGAUCUUCUUCACUGAGGAUUUAGAGAAAUCUGAACUCCUAUUCGCAUGUGAUGCUUUGUCAUCAAGAACCGUGAAGAUAAAAUUUUAUCGAAAACUCCAUUCUCGCAGAUUUGUUUUGACGAGUGGAAGUCCGUGGGCGCCGCGUGCCGCCAUAACGGGCUGCACAUAACUUUGAACGUGAAAGUGAUGGACCCGAAGAAGCAGUUUGCGUCGGCGGUGGACGGGGACCAGUUGGAUUCCGAAACGAAGCGCCUGCUGGAAAAGUAUACGGGGAUGCUGCAGAAGCUCAUGGCGCUGAUGGCCAAGUGCGGCGACGAGGAUUCCGCCAAGAAGGAACAGCUGAACGCAAAAGUCAUCAAGGUAGAAUAGUGGAGUUUUUCUCAUUUUUUGAUACUAGCGUAGAAUGCUGCAACCACUACUUCUAUUCGGAAUGAUUUGGUUGUACUUUCACUUUCACCAUCUUCACAAACAAGGUAGAAUGAUCAAGAUCCUUAUGUCGGGAUUGGAAUUGCAUCUUUGUGUUUGUCCUCUCAGGUGAAAGAGCAGAUGGCUGUGCUAACGGACGCUAAAAAAACCCGAGAGCAGCAGUGGGAGGAGCAAAGCACCAACGUGGGCCCCGGUGCCUGGCGCAACGGCGACCCCAACCAGAACUGGUGGCCCGGGGGCGACGUCAAUAAGGAGGACGAGGAGCAGGGACAGGAACAGGAGGGAGGGAACAAUGGGGAAGAAGGGAACACGAACAACCAGGACCAACAGGAUCACAAUAUUAGUGCUGAUCAGUAUAAUCAGGACCAGCAGCAGCAGCAAACCCACCAUGCUGAAGAGCGGGGGGAGCAACUACAGGGAGCAUCGCAGCAAAAUGCGGCCGCGACAGAGGACAACCAGCAAGAACAUCUUCAGAAUGUGCUGCCGACGAGGACGGCAGCAGGAGCAGAUGCUGCACAAGAAAACAGCAAUGUAGGAGCUGUUGCAGCUGCAGAGGAGGACGAGGACAUAUCCUGAGUAAAAACGUACCCACACCAUAGUUGUCAUGCAAAUCUGCAUGCUUAAAAUGUUUGUCAUGCGGAGCCCCAUGAGAAGCAUUUUCUAAGGGUGUUUUGAAAUUUGUCAUGCUCCAAUCAGCAUGAGAGACUAGAUCUGUAAUGCUGCUGAACUAGCUCAAACAGCACUACACUACGCGUCCAAAUUUGUCAUGCGAAACAAGCAAAGUUGGCCGAUUUGUCUAGCAGAUUUUCCAUCUUGACUCUGGUGUGGGUACGUUUUUACUCAGGAUAGGACAGCGACAGUCACGAGUAUGUCGAGGUCGAGGUAACGGACGAUGAGGACGACGACGAGGAAGAAAAUCAACAGCAGCAGGGGUAAAUGAAACGAAUCUUCAUCACGAUGUUGAAGAGGAGCAGUUCCGAACAUAAUAAAUUGGCUAGUGCUGAUCCUGAUGUCCCGGAUAGAAGAAGAUCUAUCAAAUUCGAGCUGCAAGUUGGUCAAACGACACGACCGAUCAGGCUACAUUGAAGAUGCACUCGACAGCACAAAAAGGCGACCGACACGAGGACCCGUAAAUAAUGACUGUCCAUAAUUUUUCACAAGAAUACAGCAAAUUUUGAUUCCAAAAUAUUGAGUGAUUUGAGCCCUUGAGCUCAUGAAGAUGUGACGACGUAUGUACCGACUUAUUUUCCGCUUUUCAUCUACUGAUUCGUGAACACCUAGACUACGAAAAAUUCACAUCUGUCUAUCAGUAAAUAAUAUUACACCAGUUUUAUUCAAUACCUCAGCACAAAGUAUCUUUUUAUCAUUUGUUUUUCGGGUAGAUAGCACCUUGCUCACUUCUCAAUCUCUGUGGUAGGGUAAAUGAUCCAAAUUUGGCGAGGAUUUUUCCAUUUCCUGUCGCACGGGUCUAAUUUUUCGAAGGAGGCAUGAAAACAGUGAACUUUUCUAUAAAUUUUUCGUCAUUACAAUGUCAAUCGUAUUGCCGUACCCCCUGGCAAUGAAAGGAGUGAGAGUUUAUGUAAGUUAAAGUGUAGUGCUUUUCUUGGCUGCACCCCGAAGUUGUAAAGCCACUUUCUGAUAUGUACUGCCCAACCCCUUGAUGAACUGGUAGUCUGCCUAGGCAAAAUUUCCCAUGAUUUCAGCUACAACUUCGUAGAUUUACCCCGGCACGUACAUGCUACAUACCAUAUUCGCCUACCAGCCCUCGCGCAUGGACAAAACCUAAUACUCCGUCUUCCCUAUUAUUUGAUUCACUAUUUUUCGCCUCAGAGAAAUCAUUUUUCACCUCUGACCUUUGUUGAUUCACGGAUGUUGGGAUUUCAAUGUCAACAGCUCCGGGGCUGCUCUCAUCGAAAUGGCCUAUGUAGUGUAUUACAGCGAGAGAUGAAGAAGUGCUGGCAUGAACAAGAUCACCAGCAUCACAGCGACCUCAUGUUUUUCUAAGAAUUUGGAAACGAAACGAACACCAGACUUUCAAAUUCUCUUUACCGCCGAAGCAUAUUCUUAGCAUCCGGCCACCUCGUACUUCGAAAAAACUUCAAAAAGACUUCAAAGAUGAGUUCAGUGCGAGUUCAAUACGAACGCCGACAAAAUCCUAUACUUAUCAUAAAGUCAUUUGACCUGUUGCAAAAUCGAAGAGAGCCAGCGUUUCUGUCGAAAGUCAGCUGACUUUGCGUGGAGUUUGCAAUAACUCAAAUGACUUUUUGCGGAAUUUGCACCAAAAAAAGUCAAUUGACUUUGUGCUAAUUUCAAGACAAGUCAAAUGCCUUUUUCUGAAUUCGGCUCAUUUCACAGACAGGCAGCAAAAGUUUGAAGAAUGUGCCCAAUUUUUUUGCAGAAGUCAGUUGACUUUUCUGGAAAUUAGCAUAAAGUCAAUGGACUUUUUUUGAUGCAAAUUCCGCACAAAGUCAUUUGACCUUGCCUGGAAGUUGUCAAAAGUCAAGUGACCUGUGCCCUUUUUGAAGUCAACGGAUUUGGGCAAAUUAUUGAACUCGGAUUAGACUCGUAAUGAACUCGCUUUUGAACUCGUGCUCCGGUCUUUUUGAAAACUCUAAAAGUACGAGGUGGUCCCGUGCUAA